GCUGAAAGAAAUCAUAUGUCGACAUAUCUUAAUGUACAUCAAAUUCCUUUGGUUGUAGAAGGCAUAACAGAGGUGAAUAUAACUGAGCCACUAAGAACCGAGUAUCUAAACUUCAAUCAUUUAUUAGGUUCCGUUACAGCAUCGUCAUCGACCAGUAUCUCUUCACUAUUUCAUGUUGAUCAGAUUGAAACGUUGGGUUGCAAGCCAGCCAUUGUCAAGAACGACGCAGAUGGCUUGAUACCCUCGGAUCUUAGUAACGUCCUGUGUUCCUGGAACGAGGCUACAUCCGGGCCUCGGCCAAAGCUGCUAUACUGUGUUCCGAAUGGUGGAAAUCCGACAGGCGCCAACCUGACUCUGGAGAGAAGGAAGGAGGUUUAUGCUUUGGCAAGGAAAUACGACCUACUGAUAAUCGAGGACGACCCGUACUACAUGCUGCAAUAUACAAGGCCCCUCAUACCAAGUCUUCUGUCACUAGACGUAGAUGGGCGUGUUCUCAGAUGUGAUUCUUUGUCUAAAGUCAUGGCUGCUGGAAUAGGCCCUAAGUACCCAAUUGGUCGAUGGAAAACAAAACAAAAUGCACGGGUUGGUUAUUUGUGCGGUCCAAAACAGUUCCUGAAACAAUUCCAUGAAUGGAAGGAAGCACAAACGUUAAGAAACGGCCUGACAGAGACCAUCAUGUGGAAAGUCUUGCAGAACAUGGGGCAUGAUGGCUACAUUGAACAUGGCUGCCGAGUUGCCAACUUCUAUCACCAGAGGGCGCAGCGUGCUUCCAUGACAGCCGAAAAGCAUCUAAAAGGUCUGGCGGAGUGGUCUGCGCCUCAGGCCGGGAUGUUCCUGUGGAUGAAGCUACUGGGUGUAGAGGACUCCAGACCCGUCUGUCAGAAACUGAUCCAGAAAGGGGCUGUUGUGGUUCAGGGACACAUCUUCUGUCCUGCCUCGGUUAACUCCCCUUAUAUCAGAGUAUCCUUCUCUUCUGCGUCUGAUGAAGAAAUGGACAAGGCAUUUGCUUGGCUGGCUGAGAUUCUAAAGGAACAAUCGUAACAAUGAAGACCAUCCACUGAUGCCACAAGUAUUUAUUUAGAAAGAGGAUGUAGAUUGCAAUUUGUAUUAUUUUCUUUACCAAUAAAACUAUAUAAAUCAGGA